CAUCAUCAAUUCGUUGUACUGGAGAAAUAGCAAAACAACUUUUCCCCUGGCAUUCCCAGAAGAUAUGGUUAUCAAGAUUCUUCAAUCUCGACAAUAUAAAUAGUGUUCGCAAUAGGAAAAUGUCAAUCGCCGCGAUUUAGCAAAAAUGAACACACUUCUCAUGCCAGUGAUUGUUUCACUGAGUGUCUUUCUCAGUUCCGCAUACGAUCAAUCGGGUCUGGAAGGGCGCGACUAUGAGUGCAUGAAAGAGUUAAACCUUACGGUAGACUUCGUGGUCAACGGGUUCGAUGAGUAUAAUUUCUUGAGAGAGGGCGACCCAGAACUCAACGCAUUUCUCAAUUGCACGUGGCGCAAGGCUGGAUAUCUCACAACGGAGGGUCAAAUUAAUCCUGACGGAUUGAAGGCGUGGUUGGAAGUCGAUUUGAUACAAAAGAAACCUGGAAUUAAAACUACGGCCGAAGACCUUGUGAGGCCAUGUCAGUCGAUCAGGGGCGAUGAUCCUGGAGAUACUGGCAUUAAAGUUUACAACUGCAUUGUAAGAACCCUGUGGGGUGUCUAAAUAUUUAUUUUUUUUCACAACGGUCAAGAGUUCAGUUGAAAUUGAAAUUUUAUGUUUUUUUUAAAUAAACAAAUCACAUCUACAUCGAAUUUUUCAAUUUUAAAUUCGGCUGGGCUAA